UCUGGAAAAAACUAAAACAAAACCAGAGACCAAACAAACAAGACUGACUGGAAAAGGCUAACAAUUCAUUCAUUUCAUUUACUACCUCUUUCUCUUUCUCCUCUCUGCUUUUUGUCUCUCUUGAUACGUCGUCGUUCCUUUGCCGCCGCUGCUGCUGCAGAGACUUCCUUUUUGCAGCUUUUCCGUCGAUCGGUUUGUUUUGGGAACAUAUAUACCAUACCAUAUCUCUAAAUUAUCAAAGUCAAGUCUACUGGAUCCAGGGUUGUGGACUGUGAAAGUUUGACUUACCAAUCCUCAUGCCAAAGAACCUAUAGUUUUUUUUCUGCAGUUGCUUUGAAAGGAAAAUGCUGGAGGCUCCGAAGUUUGCUGGACUUAUAGACUUAAAUGAGAACCAUGAUCAUUAUGGACUCACACAAAAUUUUUACCAUAAGCUUGGUGAGGGAUCAAACAUGUCAAUCGACAGUUAUGGGAGCUUGCAGAUGAGCAACGGCGGAGGUUCAGUUGCGAUGUCAAUGGAUAACAGCAGUGUUGGAUCAAAUGAUUCGCACACUCGUAUUUUAAAUCAUCAGGGUCUCAAGCGUGUCCACAAUAACUAUUCGGUUGCAGCUAGUGUAAAUAAGGGCAAAGCUUCUCAUGGGUUGAGUGACGAUGCCCUAGCCAAAGCUUUGAUGGAUCCUCGAUAUCCUACCAAUGGGCUUGAGAAUUAUGAUGAGUGGACAAUUGAUUUGAGGAAGCUCAACAUGGGGCCAGCUUUUGCUCAAGGGGCUUUUGGGAAACUCUACAAGGGAACUUACAAUGGUGAGGAUGUUGCUAUCAAGCUUCUAGAGAGGCCAGAUAAUGAUCUUGAGAGGGCUCACUUGAUGGAGCAACAGUUUCAGCAAGAAGUUAUGAUGUUGGCAAGGUUGAGACAUCCAAAUAUUGUUCGGUUUAUCGGUGCAUGCCGUAAACCCAUGGUGUGGUGUAUUGUCACUGAAUAUGCUAAAGGAGGAUCAGUUCGUCAGUUUCUCACUAGGCGACAAAAUCGAUCUGUGCCCUUGAAGUUAGCAGUGAAGCAGGCCUUGGAUGUGGCAAGGGGUAUGGAAUAUGUGCAUGGCCUGAAUCUGAUACACCGUGACCUGAAAUCUGAUAACCUACUAAUUUCUGCUGAUAAAUCAAUCAAGAUUGCGGACUUUGGGGUUGCUCGUAUUGAGGUGCAGACAGAAGGAAUGACACCAGAGACCGGAACAUACCGCUGGAUGGCUCCGGAGAUGAUCCAGCACCGACCCUACACGCAGAAAGUUGACGUUUAUAGUUUUGGCAUUGUUCUGUGGGAGCUUCUAACGGGGAUGCUUCCCUUCCAGAACAUGACUGCUGUGCAGGCAGCUUUUGCAGUUGUCAACAAAGGCGUCCGUCCAACCAUCCCCAAUGAUUGUUUACCUGUACUAGGUGAAAUCAUGACUCGCUGCUGGGAUGGUAACCCUGACAAUAGACCACCCUUCUCUCAGGUGGUCAGAAUGCUUGAGGCUGCAGAAACAGAGAUCUUGACAACGGUCAGAAAGGCCCGUUUCAGGUGCUGCAUCAGUCAACCCAUGACUACAGAUUGAUAUGGAAAGAGAAACUGUAGGCAGUAAAGGGCAAGAUUAAAGGAUUUGGGAAAGGCUAAACAGAAGUGAUUUCAAAGUCUGGCAUGUGUAUCUAUGAGGCAUAAUUUCUUUAUUCAGAUAGAAAAAAGGGGAGAAAGUUAUGAUAAGGAACUGUUUGAUUUUGUGUUGUAUCUUCUUUUGUUCUCCUUUUCUUCUUGAAUUUAAGAUUCUGAUUAGUGAUAAUAGAAUAGUAUGUGUAUUUAUACACGUCGCUGUAUUUUAUUUUACUUUGAUCAAAUUUUAUCAGGUGCUGAAGAUGUUAAAUGCAGAUCCAUCCCACACCCUAUCUUCUUUGUA